AUGACUGAACCCCUGACGCGUCAACCACAACCACAGGUUGUCGUUGUUCAAGCAAAGACAUCAGGACGAAAAGCCAGGAAUUGGCACAUCGGUUUGUUGCAAUGCUGUGACAAUAAGAGGAUAUGUUUGUGUGGUGCAUUCUGUUACCCGUGUCUGCUUGCGAGAACCGCCGGGAAACUGGGAGAAGCUUGUUGUCUGCCGAUGAUGGCGCCCUGUUGUGUGGGAACGCCGCUACGAAUGAAGUUACGAAUGCUGACCACAACCAAGGGCUCAUUAUUAGGUGACUGCUGUGCCUUCACGUGGUGUGCACCUUGCGCUGCCUGCCAACUGGAGAAGGAAGUCCGAACACUCAACGGUCAGGGAGUAGUCCUGGACAAUUAA